GUCCCCAUUCCCCCUCGCUCUCGUUCUUGUUGUCUCUCUUCUUCUCUCUUCUCUCACUUACGCUCUCUUACGCUCUCUCCCUCUCUGUGGAUCUCUCUCUCUCUCUCGACACACACACACACACAGUCGUAACUCGUUUUUGUUUUCUUUUGCGUUUGUUUUUGUCUCUCUCUCUCUAUCUCUCUCUACUCUCUACUCUCACGCUUCUCUCUUCUCUCUUCUCUACAGAAUGUCGAACGUGCCUACGGUAGAAGAAUACAUCAACGCCAACCCAGCUGGCACCUGGGAUGAAUACCGAGCUCUGCUCAAGCAAGCACAAGAAGAUCUGUCCACAAUGCCAAAGAAGAUACGCCCCCGUAUCGAAGGCCGAAUCAAGACACAUCUGGCUCGUCGGAUGGAUUUCGAUAAGAUCAAGAGCAGCCUCCUGGAUCGAGCCCUGGGUGCGCAUGUGGACAUAGCGCACACCCAAUUGGACGUAGCACACACCAAUAGGGUGAUUGUCGAUACAGUGACAGGCAAAAGUAGGCUCAUUCGUGAGGACAGCCCCUCGUCCUCCGACUAUGGUUCCGACUACGCUCCUUCCUGCUCGACCACGCAGGAGACGGACGUGGAUAGUGACGAUCGUGUCGCUUUGUUCAACCAUGAGCAGCAUGUGAUGGCACAGCUGCUCAAAUUGGGAAGAACCCUCCUGCCGUCCGGAGUUCUAUUGGAAGCGGUGAUGGCUUCCAAUGCCAUUCGUGUCGAGAAUGAGAGUCCCGCCCAUUCCUUUAUCUUCGAUCUUGAAGAGAUGAGCGCUCUGCGCCGGAGGGACCCAGCCGCAUUUGCAAAAGAAGACCUGGUGUUCGUGAGGGGCCUAUGGAACGAGCGCCCCAGCUCAAAAUACACCAAGUUUUUCUACUGUGACCCUGAACAGAGAUACGAGGUGUUCACGACACCGGGUCUUCGCAAGUGUGCCGACUUUUUGUCACGGUUAGAGAAGAUGAGUAGCCAAGGUAACACCUUAGAAGAGGUGUUGGAUUUCAUGUUUCGGGUGGGCGGAGAGAAUGUAUCACCCUACCGUGAACUUUACUCGGUCAUCCUUCAGUUCUGUCUCCACUGGACCAAGGAAGUUUGUCCCAUGACGCGCGAAGCGGAUUAUAUGCGCCUAUGGAACAGACUGUUCUACGACCUUGCACCCCGAGGCCUCUUCACCAGUACACCCGAAGAGAGCGUGCAUGCAAGCAAGACGCGUAAGCUUAUGCAUGCAGGGGAAGAUAGGAAAUGGGUGCGAGGUCGCAAGGCCGACAUGCUAUGGGUGACGUUGGAUGGGACGGCCCUAGUAUGGAUGGAGGCCAAGAAAGGGUCGUGGACAGAGGACCCUGGAGAAGCUGAAGGGGCGACGCUGAAGGCGACGAAGGGCUCCAAAGACGCGAUGGAUGCGAUCCAGCGUAAGAAAGGAACAGCCCUAGAAACAUGGGCGUGUGUUAAUUUGGGGGAAGAGUGGACCCUUCGCUGUUCGUAUCGCCUGCCCAGUGGCGUCGUCGUCACCGGCAAUGUUGGGGAAUGGUGUCUGUCGAUGGGAUUCUCGAGCUUCGCUCGUCUUCUGGAAAUGUGCCGUAUAGUGCUCAUUUGGGGGCUCGCGCUGGACGAUAGUAGGCGCGAGAUCAUGCAGAAGGCCAGCUUGAGCCGAUACCCCCGAGACGAAGAGGUGAACAUGGCAGACACCUUCCCAACGCCGGAGAAGCCUAAACCGAAGGCACGGACUCAGAAGCCUGAAGAUACUACGGAAGAUACGGAAGAUACACGGGAAGAGGCCUCACCCACCAGGAAAAAGUCUCGUCGUUGAAGGUAGCGCCUGUGCGCUGUGGCUCGGAGGAGGUUUGAAAAUGGUACCAGGCAACUGCUUCCAUCACCUUCCAUCAAGAUUACGAUUAUUGGCAGGGUAAGUUUUCGAAACCUCGUCUGAUUUUUACGGUUUUCGAGUUGUCUAAGAUAACACGGAAACCACCAAGUGUUAUCUAUGGUAUCUCUUUGAUGUCUUUCAACCGAAACUGACUUCUAUUUUCUUUUCUCUACUUUUUAAUGCAUCGAUGUUCGGAGCGGACUCGGGACUUCAAGGACGACACCUCAAGACUCUAGAACCCGAGACUUUUUCCUGUGGUUGGGUGGGGCUCAGUGUAUUCUUCGAAUAAAGAGGCUCAUAAAUUAUCCUUCUGUCCACUUUACAAUUGUUAAAUUCAAGUCAAG